AUCUGCAUCCAGUGAGUUCUGCAGAACGUCACCAGGUUACACUUCCUGUGCGCGUGCAUCGAGGCAGAGUGGAGUUUCGCUUCUGCAACGUCCAAAACAGUACUCAACAUGUCUGCUGGAAACGCCAAGAUCGGACAGCCUGCCCCUCAGUUCAAGGCCACAGCUGUGGUCGAUGGUCAGUUUAAAGACAUCCAGCUCUCUGACUACAGAGGGAAGUAUGUUGUGUUGUUCUUCUACCCACUCGACUUCACCUUUGUGUGUCCUACUGAGAUCAUCGCAUUUAGCGAGCGGGCUGCGGAGUUCCGUAAAAUCGGCUGUGAGCUCAUCGCUGCCUCCACCGAUUCUCAUUUUAGCCAUCUGGCAUGGAUCAACACACCCAGGAAGCAAGGUGGACUAGGCUCAAUGAACAUCCCAUUGGUUGCUGACCUGCUUCACUCCAUCUCACGUGACUAUGGGGUUUUGAAAGAGGAAGAGGGUAUUGCCUACAGAGGUCUGUUUGUGAUUGAUGACAAAGGCAUAUUGAGGCAAAUCACUAUUAAUGACCUGCCGGUGGGUCGCUCCGUGGAUGAAACUCUUAGACUGGUUCAGGCCUUCCAACACACUGACAAAUAUGGAGAAGUUUGUCCUGCUGGAUGGAAACCAGGAAGUGACACUAUAAUUCCUGAUGUGGAGAAGAGCAAGCAGUUCUUCUCCAAGCAGUAACAGUCCUGCUAUUUUUUCCUGUUUAUCAGAGCGCUAGAGCACUUACCUUAAGCCUUAGAUUUCUUAAAAAGUUGUCUUGGCUAGUGUAACAAACUUUUCCCAUUUAAAUGCACUUGUUAGACAGAUUUCUGACCUCGUAAUAUUUCUUUUCCACUCUGUUAGAAUAAGGUGUUCCCAUCAGGCCACCGCCAUGCACUGAUAUUUCUGUUGAGUUUAAGUAUUUGGUACCUAGUGAACUCUGAAGUCAGUUUUAUUCUUAUCAAGUUGUUAAACAUUCUGGUGAUUCCUUGGUACAGUUGUCAAAUAAACAGGACGUUGUUGCUUAACAA